AGAAAAUACCGAACGAGAAAUAUAACAAUGGCGGAUGUACCGGAACCUGUUAAAAAAUGUGCCCUUAUGCUAAAGGCCACCAAAAGUGACUCGGAGAAAUUUGCUGCCUUGUUCAUGGUCACGAAAUUGGUGAAGGGCAAAGAUUGCAAUGCUGCUGCCAAGAAAUUGCUGUUCGAAGCCAUUGGUUUUGAUUUUAUGAAAAAAUUGUUGAAUGGUAAAAAUCUGCCCAACGAUUGCCCACCCUUGGUGUACAAGAGUGUGGCCUUGUCCAUACUCACGUGUUUCUGUCAGGAGGAGGAAUUGGCCACCCACAAGGAUUUACUGGAUGUUAUACCCACCUUGUUGGAAAUUGUCGAACAAGCUGAUGAUGAUGAUUGUGAUGACAAUUUGAUUGUGGUGAGUGAAGCCUAUAGCUGCUUGAAACUCAUUGCCGAGCAUGAACCUGGACAAAAUGCCCUGAUGAACAUGAGUGCCAUUCCCAAGAUGUCUCAAAUCUAUUCGGCCCAAAGCUUCCAAACUGAUGAAGCUUUGCAACUGAUUGUUUUGUUGGUGAAGAAAUUCGGUAAGGCCUCUUGGACUGACGAUCCCAAGCCUUUCCAUGCUUUGGUUCAACGCAUCGCCUUGGAUAUGGAAACCGAACACAGUGAAAGAAAAUAUGAUUUGUGCAAGAUCUUGUCGGCCAUUUUGAAGACCUGCAAGAGGGAGAUUAUUUACAAUUCCUUGGAGGGAGAAAUUUGGCCAGAGAGUUUAUUCAAGGGCUGCAGUGAUAUUUUGAAGAGUAAAAUUGGCCCCAAGCAACGUGACCCCACGUUGCAUUUGAUUGCCACCACCCUGCAAGUUUUGGGUAUCCAAUGGGCCUUCAUGUGCGAUGAGAAACAAUUCUAUUUGUUGAUCCUGCAAAUGGCUGCCAUUGAAGUAAGAAUGCAAAUGGAUGAAAAGAAAUUGGAAGCCACCAUCCGUAAUGCCCCGCUCAUUCAAGCCUGCUUCAUUAUUUUGGAACACUGCAUCGAAUAUAUGUCCAAGGAUCAAUUGGAUUUGGAUUCCAAGGAGAAGCAAACCACUUAUUCAGCCUUGAAAUAUGCCUUUAAUCAAGUAUUGGCCGUAUUGACUCGUGUGUCCAAUGAUAAGGUUAAGGAUAGUAGCAAUCCCAAGGACCGAGAGUUCAUUAAGGCCACGGUGCGUGUAUUAUCUGCCUGGUUGGCCCAGGAGACCACUGCCAUGAGACCGGCCAUCUAUAAGCUUUUGCCAUUCAUGUUCAAGGUGACCAAUGAUUCCUUUAAUGAAUUGAAGGAAUGGCGUGCUGGACCCAAAGAUACAGAGGCGCCAGUGGAUAUUCUGCGUGUUAUGUUGCCUGCCCUCUGCCAUUUGGUUGUAGAAGAUGAAGCCCGCAAGGUGAUAUUUGCCACCAAACAGGAUGAGGUAUUUUUGCAACAAAUUGAAUUCUACUUUAGCAUUGCCCACUAUAAGCGGCCACCCAUUCCUCGUGCCGAACGUUUGAAACGUAUGAAUGAACCCGACCCAGUACCCACUCCCGAGCAAUUGGCUGACAUGAAAUCGGCCAGAGCUGCCAUAUGCUCCCUGUGCAAUAUUCUAAUGAAUCUCACGGUUUUGGAACCCAAACUGGCGGAGGAUGGCCCCGUAUUCGCCAACAUGUUUAAAUUUGUCUACGAACAUUUGCCCGAACUCAAGGACACACCCGACAACUUGCUGAUGCAUGGCAAUUUGGCCGUUUUGGGUUUGCUGUUGUUGAAACAACAAUCCAAGAAGGUGAAACAAAACGAUUUCUCCAUUUGUCGUUACAUUCAGGCCACCAUUCGUUUCCUUUGGGAUGCCUACAACAUUGAUGAGUCCAAUGAUCCCACAGCCUUGGUAGUGUCGAUUGCCUACAAGGAGCACUGGAUGGAAUUGCAAGAAUUGUGGUUCUUGGGUAUGCAAACCAUGUGUGGAGUGCUGCCAUUGGUGCCCUGGAUUUCGGAAUUUGCUAUUGAGUCCGGCUGGGCCGAGGGUAUUGUACAGACUUUGAAGCGAGUUAAGAUUGGUACCCUACCUGCCAAUGUUAAGUGUGCCUAUGAAGAUUUCCUCUCGCAACUGGUUGAUGUAAAUUCCACCGUGGCUGCUGUUUUGAAAAAGGCUGAUGCUUUGAGGGUGUGUCGUAAUCAUCGUAUGAUGGAAUUGGGCAAGAGAUUGUUUGGCGAUUAAGCAGAACCA